UGCUAACAAUUCGCACAGCAUACUGAUAACAACAAGACCCUUCGGUAGGGCUAGAGGGCGCUGGAGGAGGAAUCGAGUCCAUGGCUGCUGAGGAGAAGCGGAACCGGUACAGCAAGGGCAGGGAGACGACCAGCUAUAUAAGGAGCCACGCCGGCUGGGGCUGUCAGAAACCAACCGUCCGCCGACAUGCAGCCCAUCUACUCCUUUGCCGUCUUCGUAGCCUGCCUGGCCCUCGCUCAGGGUGGAGCGGUUCACGACCACGUGUCUGGUAUAGCCAAGAAAUGUGCAGGAGAAACGAAAGUAUCAGCAGAUCAGGCAAAGAUAGCAUACGCUGUGGUAAACCCAAAGACUGAGGAGGAAAGCUGUUAUUUGGAAUGCAUCUACAAAGGUGUUGGAGUGAUUAAAGACAACAAAUUCAGCCUUGAUGGAGCAAAGAAACUCUCAGCUCAGAGAUUUACUGAUGCAAAUGAAAAGAAGGCCGCUGACCAGCUGAUUGAUACCUGCAACAAGGAAGUUUCAGCCGGUAGUGGCAAGUGUGCUCUAGGAAAAGCCGUGAGGGAAUGCUUCAUCAAGAAUGGAAAGAACAUAACCUUCUUCCCUCCUCCUUCAUAAGAAACAGCACCCAAAUACUGAUUAGUAAUUAGAUUGAAAGCUGACAUAUCGUCACGAAAAACAAGACUUCAAUAUAUUUAUUUUAUAAAUAUUAUGUAUAUUUAAUAACAUUUUAUUUAAAUUAAAUAAAAUUCAUUUUUC